AAAAUUAUUAAUGGAAAUGAUAGUAACCACUUUGUGCUUAACAACCCUCCUUGCACUUCUCCUACUAAAAUACAUCCUCAAACGAACUACCACAAACAACGUUUACUUGCCACCGUCUCCAUGGAGACUUCCGGUGAUCGGAAACCUCCACCAACUUAGCAUCCAUCCUCACCGGUCUCUCCGUUCACUCAGCCUUCGCUAUGGACCACUUAUGCUCCUUCAUUUCGGCCGCACACCAGUUCUCAUAGUCUCCUCCGCGGAUGUUGCUCAUGACGUCCUGAAGACUCAUGAUCUUAAGUGUGCCAAUCGUCCAAAAACAAAAGUAGUCGAUAAAAUUCUGGAUGGUGGGAGAGAUGUGGCUUUUGCCCCUUACGGAGAAUACUGGAGACAAAUGAAGAGUAUAUGCAUCCAGAAUCUACUCAACAACAAAUCCGUCCGAUCUUAUGAGAAAAUAAGAGAAGAUGAGAUAAAACUACUGAUUGAAAAGCUGGAAAGAGCAAGUUCUGCUUCGUCUUCUUCUGCUUCACCGGUAAAUGUAAGCCAACUCCUUAUGACGUUGACUAACGAUAUAAUAUGUAGAGUUGCGUUGGGAAGAAAAUAUAGCGGCACAAAAGAUGCAAUUGAUGUCGAGAACAUAGUGAGUACAUUUGCGGCACUCUUGGGUGAAUUUCCUGUAGGUGAAUACAUUCCAAGUUUGUCGUGGAUUGACAAGAUCCGCGGUCUCGAUCAUAAAAUGGAGGAAGUUGAUAAAAGGUUUGAUGAAUUUCUGGAAAGAGUGGUAAAAGAACAUGAAGAUGCAGAAAAAGAGAACAGAUCGGACCUGGUUGAUAAGUUAUUAACGAUUCAAAGAGACAAGACAGGACAAUUUGAGCUAGAAAAAAAUGCCUUAAAACUUAUCAUAUGGGAUAUGUUUUUAGCAGGAACUGCAACAACUCUCUCACUUCUUGAAUGGACAAUGACAGAGCUCAUGAGACAUCCGAAGGCCAUGAAGAAACUCCAAGAAGACGUUCGUUCAAUCUCGAAAGAUGAUUUAUAUGUAACGGAGAAACAAGCCGAGAAGAUGAACUAUUUACAGGCUGUUAUCAAGGAGGCGUUACGGUUGCGUCCUCCCGCUCCACUAUUAGUUCCCAGAGUAUAUAGUGAAGAUGUGAAGUUAAAAGGAUAUCAUAUUGCAGCAGGCACACAGGUUAUAAUCAAUGCGUGGGCAAUCCAACGAGACAUUACAACAUGGGGGAUAGACGCUGAAGCAUUUAGGCCAGAAAGGCACUUGGACUCGGAUUUGGAUUUUCAGGGACAAGAUUUCACAUUCAUUCCAUUUGGAUCGGGAAAGAGAAUAUGUCCUGGAAUAGGAUUCACAUCAGCACUGAUUGGUGUGACAUUGGCUAACAUUGUGAAACGUUUCAACUGGAAAAUGGAUGUCAAACCACAAAGGGAUCAUGAUGAUCUAACUGAAGCAACUGGUCUCGUGAUUUUCCGCAAAUACCCUCUUAUUGCUUUUCCAUCUGCUGCUUGAUUCAUUAUGUUUCACCAUGAUGAAUGAAUAAAAAC